AUCUGAUUCAUAUUCAUUACGAAUUCAAUCGCGUGUGUGUGAAGUUGCAUAGUGUAUUUCAUCUAAAAUAAUGUUUAUGACUAAUUUUAUUAAGAUAUUUUUGCUCUUUAUAAAUGUUGUUAGAAGUAGUGACAUACCUAAUGAUGCAUAUAAACAAACACUGGACAGAGUUGUGAGAGAAGUCUAUAAAUACAAUAUACCGCCUGAGGAAGCAAUACCUGUUGCAAUCGUUUACGAUAAAGAUGGUGAUCGAGAAGGAAAAUCCAUUGAUCAUAAAGUAAACAACACUAAUAUAAAUAUUGAAGCUAAUAAGAAAAUUAGUGACGAUAAAUCCCCGACGGUAAUUAGAGUAACUAGUGAUUUUAGUGUCAAAUCUGGUGAUACGGACAAAGUAACAGAUACACCUAGAAUAUCUGUUACAACUGAAGAUAAUCUCCAAAUACCUGUAGCAGUAAUAUAUGAUGACAAACCUACCAACGUGAAAAAACAUAGAAAGGCAUUACGGCGAUCUAAAAUCCGAAAUCAAAAUCAAUUAAAUCGUCGUCCUGAUAAUGUAGAACAAACCAUGUUAAGUAAUAAUGAUACUCCAAUAGUAGAUAUACAAAAUACAAGUCAACAACAGAAAACAUCAACAGAAAAAAUUAAUGAAACGGGAAAAUCAAAAAAAGAAGUAGUUCUUGAUAAAACAAAGGUUCGACAAGGAAGUCGGGAACGUGAUCCAGUUAUACCAAUUCUUCAAUCUGAAAACAAAGUUUUUGGCAAUAGCGGUGAUUUCCGAUAUAGUUACGAGGGUGGAGAUGGCACGCAAGUUUUUAGUACUGGCGAGUUAAAAUCAUACGAUGAUAACUCUAAGGGUGAAGCUGUAGUAGGAGGUUUUUCAUAUACGGAUAAAAAUGGCCAAGACUUUAGCUUAUCUUACACAGCGGAUGAAAAUGGCUACCGGCCGGUAGGCGCACACCUUCCCACGCCCCCUCCGAUUCCUCCGGCCAUUGAGCGGGCGCUGCGCUACCUCGCCACCAAACCUACUCCAGAGUCUGAGACGGUCACAGAUUCUAAUGAACCUUCAAAUUGAUAACAUCUUCCUAAAAAAGUUUAUUAAACAUAUUAUAAAUGCGAAAGUUUGUGAGGAAGUGUGUAUGUAUGUUACUCUUUCACGUAAAAUCUACUGGACCGAUUGUUGUGAUUUGGUACACGGGUAGCAAUAACAUGGAAUAAUACAUACCCCGGGGCUCAGCUAGUACAUUAUACAUCUGGAACGAAGAGGUAGUUAACUAGAAAAUGCCAUUUCAAAAUGAAAUGAUAAGCGUUUAGGAAGCAUUUAACUUUAAACAUCGUAAGUAUAUCGUUGAAAAUAUUUUUUAGUAAAACGGUUUCUCUCUUGACAGGUAGGUAUAAUAAUAGUAAGUGCAUCGCCGUGCUCGGCCCAUGUGUAUCAAUAAAUAAAUUAACUAAGGUAUCGAAGGAUGCAGAUAUAAUGCAGAAUCUUAAAAAUACAUCUCCUGGACCUAAUAACUAUUAGGGCAUGUAUUUUAAAUGUUGAUUGAUAUGAUUAUAAUCAUUUUAUUUUAUUAUUUAAGUUUGUGGUUGUUUUACAGUUUUUCAUAAAGAACAUAUUUGUUUAUUUUAUGGCAUAGCAUGGCUAUAAAUGGCAUCAAUAUUUUAAUAAUAUAUUCAAAUAUUCGAGUUGCAUUUGCAUUAAAAAUGUUAUGUAUCUUCUAAGAUCGAAAUAAAUAUAUAUGGGUAUAUAUUAAAACGUAAUAUACAAUUAAAAUAUCUAACAAUAAAAACUUAAAUGACUUAUUAUAUCGUCAGCUAUAGCAGUGAUAUCCCUGGUACUACUAGUAGGUACCUGUGCAAAAUACUAAUAAUAAAUUUGUACAAUAAUA